CCUACAUUUACAUUUCUUGAGUUGACUACUUGACUUCAAGAGAGGGAGAAGGCCUUGUAACUUGUAAGUGCAGCACAGCCCGUGGCGAGAGCGCUCAAGGCUAUGCUACCCCGAAAGCAACGAUGAACGAAGACGCAGGAUCCUCCUCCCCCUCCUUCAGCUACGGGUGGAAAUAUCACGUGUUUUUGAGUUUCAGAGGUGAAGAUACCCGCCACGGUUUCGCCGGAAAUCUGUAUCGCGACCUCCGUGAAAGGGGGAUCCGCACAUUCCUUGACGAUCAGGGGAUUAGAAAAGGGGAGCAGAUUACCCAGACUCUUCUCAAAGUAAUCCAAGAAUCUAAGAAUGCUAUUGUUAUUUUCUCUGAAAACUACGCGUUCUCAACAUUUUGUCUGAAGGAACUGGUUCAGAUCCUUGAUUGCGUCAAGGGAGAUGGUCGAUUCGUUUGGCCCGUGUUUUACCAUGUGGAUCCAUCUGAUGUGCGAUAUCAGAAGGGAUCCUAUAAGGUUGCAUUUGACAAGCAUGAGGGAGACAAGGAUGACAAGUUGGUGGAGCGCUGGAGAUUGGCUUUGUCUCAUGCGGCUGAAUUGGUUGGCUGGUCUGUGAAACCAAGCACCGAAUCAUAUGAAUAUGAGAUUAUAGAAAAAAUAAUUGAAGUGGUGUCCAAAGAGAUCAAUAUUGGCCAUUUCCAUGUAGCUCCAUUUCCAGUUGGACUUGAGUCUCGGGUCAAAGAAGUAUGCUCACUUCUGAAUGAACAGCCAUAUUGUGAUGGAGCUAAAAUGGUAGGAAUUUACGGUCUUCCUGGUGUAGGUAAAACAACACUUGCGCGAGCUGUGUACAAUGAGAUGGCAAGUCAAUUUAGACAUGUAUGCUUCCUGGACAAUAUUAGAGAAAAGCCAAUCCAAGAUCUUCCAAUAACACUGCUUUCCAAAACUAUUAGGGAGAAGGAUAUUGGGUUGGAACAUGACAAAAGUGGAAUUCCAAUUAUAAAAGAUAGGCUUUGCAAUAUUAAGGUUCUUUUGAUUCUUGAUGAUAUAGACUCACCAGCGCAGUUACAAGCACUGGCAGGAGAACCUGACUGGUUUGGUUCUGGCAGUAUAAUCAUCAUAACAACAAAGGAUAAAAAAUUGGCUAAACAGCAUGGAGGUUCCAGAAUCUAUGAGGUACAAGGAUUAAACAAGGAUGAAGCCCGAGAACUACUGAUCUGGAAUGCUUUUAGAAACAAAGAAGCAGAUCCUGAGUAUGAGGAUGUUAUAAAUCGUGCUGUACAUUAUGCUGGUGGACUUCCAUUGGUUUUGGAAACAUUAGGUUCUAAAUUGUGUGAUCUAACGGUACAUGAAUGGGAAUCUACUCUAGAUAUAUAUAAAAAAAUUCCUGAAAAAACUGUUCUCAAGUUUCUUAAAGUAAGCUACGAUAGCUUGGAAGAAGAACAUCAACAAGUUUUUCUUGAUAUUGCAUGUUUCUACAAAGGAUGCAGGUCGAAAUAUGCCACAAAUAUGCUGUGGUGUAGCCAUGGUUCUCGGCCAGAAUCUUGCAUUAGAGCAUUGAUUGAUAAAUGUCUUGUUAAAAUUGAUCAGGGUGGUCUCAAAAUGCAUGACUUGAUUCAAGAUAUGGGUCGGGAAAUUGUAAGGCAGCAAUCACCAUUAAAGCCAGGCAAACGCAGUAGGUUGUGGUCCUCGGAAGACAUUCUUCAUGUCUUACAAGAAUGUAUGGGAACUGAUGAACUUGAAGCUAUCAAGCUGGAUUUUUCUAAUGUUAGAGAGGUGUGUUGUAGUGAGGAAGCCUUCGAUAAGAUGAAAAGUCUCAAGGUACUCAUCAUCAACAAUGCGAAGUUCUCUGGAUCUCCUCCUAAAUCUCUGCCAAGUAGUUUAAGGGUGCUGGAUUGGAUGGGUUAUCCGUCAACAACAUUGCCACCAAAUUUUAAUCCUGGAAAUCUUGUCAUACUCAACUUGCCCUAUAGUCGUCUUGUUACACUGGAAAAACAAUCAUUCCAGUGGGGCAAUUUGCGUUAUUUGAAUCUUGAGCACAACGAAAAUUUGAUGGAAGUACCUGAUAUGUCUAGAGCCUUGAACUUGGAGGAAUUGCAUGUUGCACAUUGCAAGAAUUUAACGACGAUUGGUAGUUCCGUGGGACAUCUUGCUAAACUUAAAGUGUUGGGAGCUCAAUGGUGCACCAAACUCAAGAGUUUUAUAGAAGAUGGCAUCAAAUUGACAUCUCUUGAAAUUUUAAAUCUCACAGGGUGCUCAGAUUUUCAAAUUUUUCCAGAAAUAUUAGAAAAAAUGAAUAGCAUUAAAACUCUUGCAUUGAGUGGCACUGCCAUUGAAAAACUACCAGAGUCCAUUGAGAAACUUGUUGGGCUUGAAUGUUUAUACCUACACAACUGCAGUAGUCUUCGUCAGAUACCAGUGGAUAGCUUUUGUAAGUUGACAAAACUUUUAAGAUUGGAAGCUGGAUCAUGUGGGAUAUUUAACUGGUUAAAAGAUCAAGAAGUAAAGUGGCCAGUGAAUCUUGUAUUCUCUCAUGUCACAAGAUUGCACCUGAACCAAAAUAAUAUUUCAGAUGAGCUUCUUGCUUUGAUUCUUAGAUGGUUUCCCGGAUUACACGUUCUAGAGCUACGUGACAAUAAUAUCACUGUCCUUCCUGCAUUUAUCCAAGAAUGUAGCAGUCUGAAGCGACUUUAUUUGGAUAGGUGCAAACAACUUCGAGAAAUUAGCGUGAUUCCGCCAAACAUUAAAGUAUUAUCAGCAGUAAACUGCAUGUCAUUGACUUCCAUGACCCUGGAUUUACUUAGCCAGGCUUUGCAUGAGGCUGGGAACACAAAAUUUAUACUGCCUGGGGAAUGGAUCCCAGCAUGCUUCCAAUGCUCUAACAUUGGAAGUUCUGUUGCUUUCAGGGUUCGCAAGAGAUUUCCAGAAAUUGCUGUUUGUGUUGUUUUUGAUGUCAAAGGAAGAGGCUCUUGCCAUUUUGAGUUUGAAAUUCAAGUUCUCAUCAAUGACACUCACAAUUUUGUUGUGAAGACUGAUGUUUUAGAUAUAGAGACUGGCCAUAUAUAUCUGUUUGAUGAUUUGUGGCACCAAAGUCUGUUUGAGUUUAGGAGGGAACUUCCAGAGGAAAAAUUCAAUCAUGUCCAGAUAUCGUGUAGUGCAUACCAUAAAGAUGUCUCGGAUGCCUUUGUACUUGUAAAGUGCAUUGGAGUUUAUGUCUACAACCUUGAAAGUUGCAUGGAUGAUAUCCUAUUGGAAAAUCUUAACCCUCCAAAGAGGAUACUGGAGGAUUGGUUUUGUGAUGAAGAUAUGAUGUCCUGGGUUUAUAGUGACAGCAGUAGAGAAGACAGCUUGUAUUACAAAUACUAUCAUGCAAUUGAAGCGUAUGAGAGCUCUAGCAGCGAUGUGAAUUCAUAUGACAUUAAUAGUGACGGUUUGCAACAGCAACAGCAUUUAGCUCAUAAUGAAGAGCAAAUCCUAGAAAGCACUGAAAAUGUCAGAAAAGCCGAAGAAGAAGAUAUUGUUGUCUACAGAGAUAAUGCUGAUGAGGAAAAGGGCAGUAAUACAUUUGAUACUGAAUAUGAUCAUUCAUCUUUAAAAGGACAGUUAACUAAAGCUGAAAGUGUUCCAUGUUCACCGGAAAGCAUGUUAGAGUCUGAUCAGGUUGCUUUUAAAGGAGUUAAAGAGACUGAUUUGCAACGGCAGCAGCAUUCAACUGGCAUGCAAGAGAAAAUCCUAGAGAGCUCAGGAAAUGUUGGGAAAGCCAGAGACAAGGAUAUGCUUGUCUACAGAGACGAUGCUAAUAAGGAAAAGGACAGUAAUACAUUAUCCGAGGAUCCAAUGGAAUGGGAAUAUCAAGUUGCGUGCUGGAAAGAUCGACUUGUGUUAAAUGACCAAAGUACGGGGAGGGAUGAUAAAGGCUAUGAAGGAACAGGAUCUAAGCAACAUAGAGAUCGAUGUGCAUGUCUUGAAGAUAGGCAUGGCGCCAGCAAAAUGACAUCAUUUCACCCAGUGAAUCCUAGCCCUUGUGAUCCAAUGGAGGCACGGAGCUCAUGUCUCACAGGAAUCAACAUCGAAAGGCACUGUUUCAUGGUGUAAGACUAUGUUUGGCAAGUUUUGUGUGUGUAAUAAAAUGCCAUCUUAGCCAUCCAUCUCACACGAUCUCAUCUGUGCCUUCAACACCUGGCCUUCUGCUUCUGCAGCUUGUAUGCUCUUCAUGGCUCAGUAUAAGCUUUGUUUGCCUGGCAGGAAUCUUUAGACCCGACAUAAGGUUCUGAUAAGCACACAAUCUGGCCAUGCUCUCUUGUGAAUUUGUCUGCAUUUUGCUUCCAUUAGCACUUAAGUUAUAAUCUACUUAUUUUUGGAUUGCGUGCCCUUCAUAUGAUUGUGUUGGAGUUUGUUGCCAUUAGGCUGAAGUGAGGGACGUGACUAUGUAUUGUCAUAUAUCUGGCAUUUGUAGACCCUGGGUGAUUUAAGUUUUUUUUUUUUUUUUGGCCCCCUGUUGAUGGAAUAUUUAGUUGACAUCAUUUAUUCUUGCUUGACUUUGAA